AUGGCUGAGCGAAGUGUUCGGCCUCAACCUUUCCAAGAUCAGGGGCAGCAAGGCAACCUGCAGGCUUUGCCACCGAUUGGUAAGGCAGAGAGUGAAUCCAAUAUGGAAGGCUUUACUGAUGACUUCUUGUACGUAGAGCUGCACAUAACACGAGCUCAUGAUGUUGACCACGGGCCUGAUAAACGCUUCAUGUCAAGGCUAAGAACACGAAUUUCUAGCCUUCUGAAUGGGCAGCGACGUGGGAAUAUCCCUGAUUGGCCAUUAGACAAAAUAAGCCAAGUCUUUCAUGAUCAGCCAAUUGGUUAUCCUUCGCUUGCGCAGUAUAUUUUGAGCGAGCCUGGCAACGGCUUCCUCAUAUUUAGGAAGUUCGCGUACCUGCAAACGAGAUUGCUAUUACAGAAGCAAGAGCGAAUCAGCGGACUUGAGAAGAAGCUUCGUGAUCUUGAUAGACUGGCUGCGGCUUCAGACCCGGAAAGUGUCAAGUCUAGAGCAUUUGAUGAUAGUAAUAGCGCCCGCCAGGAGCUUUUCGAGGAGAUCGACAGCCGGCUCGGAGAUUACUGUAUGCAUUUGCUUCUUAGGCUUUCAUUCAGUUCUAAUGAUUCUUCAAAACAGAGCGCCGAGGGACUAGCGCGUUAUGUCAGUCACUAUAAUUGCUUGGUGGAAGACGAUCGGAGAUUCUUACACGAGGCGAACGAUCAUGUCUCGCUUGCAGAAGACAAGGAAGACGGCUAUCUAGAUGUUGCCAUUCACAACUUGAUUCAUCUCUGUCUGCCAAAGUCAAUUGUCAAGAAAUUACUUUGUCGAUCACGCAAGCCGGAUAUAGAGUACGCAGGGACCACAUACUACAGCGACAAACGCGUGGACCUCUAUGUCCGUUGUAUGCUUACUUUUACCUCCGUGACUCUUUUGAUGGGUCCCGCAUCCGUAUUGCUGUUUGUGAAAGGACAUAAUGCUCUUAAGUUUGCCGUCAUCAUUGUUGCCACCGUGGGAUUCUCGAUGGUUUGCAACAUCGCGACAAGGGGCAAGCGAGUAGAGAUUUUCGCUGCCACAUGCGCCGAACCAGACAUUCAUGAUGGGUCCUCAAAGAUAGGGGAUCAAGUGGAGCGAGUGUCUAAGGAAUGCACAAGGAGUGGCCGACAAGAAGAAAAUCUCAUGGCAUCCUACGAAGCAGGCUAUGACAGCUUCAUGUCAGAUGAAUACAAUGAUGUUGAGCCUGAAACCGCCGCUUCAUCAAAGGACGAGAGAUAUCAACAAGUCGCUCCAGGAAGCGGAACUCUGGGAAGCACCAGCCACAGACCGAGUGAGAGAAUUGGAGCGAAGGAUAAUGGCUCUCCAAAGACGCAUGUGAGAGCUUAA